CCAGGGGCCGCUGCUUCUGUCGCUGUGUGUCACGUGAGGCGUCGCUUCAGCAACAUGGCUCCAGCUGGCGCAGAGCAAAAACACUCCGCCGCGGUGACCGAGCGCCGUCCGCACCUGUGAACACCGGACCGGACAGACGGAGCGGGGGACGCCCGCCGCCCCACCAGCAUGUCGUCGUUCUGCGAAGUUCAUGUUGCACUAAACUCACGACACACGGAACCGCCGGUGCACCGUUAGCUCCACGCUAGCUAGCUGUCAUCUGCUACAAGUGGUGAGAAGAAGAAGAGACUCGGGUCUGCCUUGAUGACCUCGAUUUCUUCCUCCAUGAAUGUCUGACAACCGUCUUCGGUGUGCGACAGCGAGGUGAACAAAGCUGAUCAGUGUGCAACUCUGGACAAUCAUUGGGGACUCAGCAUGGAUUGGCUGAUGCAUGUAGUCGAGAAAGACUUGGGGAUUGACCGACGGCAGCAAGGCCUGGGCCCCCGUCCCCGGGAGCUCAUAGCCCUCGUUCCUACGCGCUGGGUGAUCGGCCUGAGGGAAAAAAGGGUCAUGCGCUGUGCGCGCUUUGACAGCAUCAGCAAGGCUGAAGUUUCCACAUACCUUCAGUGUUCCCAGUCGAAGCUGCCUCCUGGCUGGACACGGGUGUGCAUUCAGGGUCUGAGGAAAAGCAAGUUGAGCUACAGAUUGGCCAGAGACCCCUGCGAUCGACAAAUGGAAUUCAUGCCACCAGAUUCUUAUGUCAAAACCAUGCAGUGUGUGUCACAGCAUAAUGUCAGGAAUCUAUGGCGUGACUUUCAUCACAAACUUGUGCAGCCAUAUGCAGGAGCUAAUGGGCAGAUGCACGUUGCAGCUGUAGAUGCAGUGCGUCAUGCUCUGCAGAAACUCUUCAAUUGCACCUUCAUCUCAUCUGACAGAGCGUCACCAUCCCUUUCUCCAGCUAGAGAGAAGGAGAAAGAAAGCUGUUUGCCAUCCAGUUCAUCUUGCUUUUCCAAGUCCCAGUCAGACCACCUGUGUCCGAAUGUUCUGCCCGCAGAGUGUCUGCUAGAGACGGUAGAAAUGUUGUACUUGAUUCUACCAUAUACUCAGUAUUCACUCCAAGAUAUUGUCUCUUUCAGCCCAGCCAAGCUCGCUAACAGCCACGCCAAAGUGUUGUUCAUUCUCUACCAGUUACUAAUAGCUCUGCAGGCAUGUCAUGCAGCAGGUCUGUCUUGUGGUGAGCUCUCUCUGCAGGACAUUGCAGUUGAUGAGCAGCUCUGCAGCCGGCUCAAGCUCAACCUAGGGCAUUAUGAGGAACUGGGGAUGGAAACAAACGGUGAUGUCACGGGCCGACAAGUGCCAAGAAGUGUCCUUCAAAGGGACAGUGUAUGUGUGAGCCAAGAGAACAAAAGACUUUGCAAAGACUGCUUUGAUGAGCUCAAGACGUUGGUCUUGGACUGGGUUCAUGGGCGAGUCAGUAACUUCCGCUACUUGAUGGAACUAAACAGGUUAGCAGGACGGCGGGAAGGAGACCCCAAUUAUCACCCAGUGCUGCCAUGGGUGGUGGAUUUCACUGUGCCAUUUGGAAAGUUCCGGGACCUCAGGAGGUCAAAGUUCAGGCUCAAUAAGGGGGAUAAACAGCUGGACUUUACAUAUGAGAUGACCAAAGAGGCUUUGGCAGCAGCAGCGAGUAGCGGGGUUGGUGGAGGUGGUGUAGGUGGAGACCUCGGUGGCUCUGUAGGUGCUGGUGGGGCCGGGCAGUCUGACCACCUCCAUGUACCUCAUCACAUAUCUGACGUUUUGUCAGACAUUACCUACUAUGUCUACAAAGCCCGGCAGACUCCCAAGUCAGUGUUGUGCAGCCAUGUUAGAUCCCAGUGGGAGCCUAAUGAAUACCCAGCCAGUAUGGAGCGCAUGCAGAGCUGGACACCUGACGAAUGCAUUCCAGAGUUCUACACGGAUCCCACCAUCUUCUGCUCCAUUCACCCCGACAUGCCAGACCUGGAUGUGCCUUCAUGGUGCAAGUCUUGUGAGGAGUUUGUUGAGGUCCACCGGCGCCUUCUGGAGAGCAGAGAGGUGUCCAAGCAUUUGCAUCACUGGAUAGACCUCACAUUUGGCUUUAAGCUGUCUGGUAAAGAAGCUGUAAAAGCCAAGAACGUGUGCCUACACCUCGUGGACAACCACACCAAUCUGACUACGUACGGUGUGGUUCAACUGUUUGACCAACCCCACCCACCCCGCUUAUCUCCCUCGCAGUAUGCCCCAGCUGAACCUCCUCUCCUUGGCCUUGCUGCUCUUAAAGUGCCUUCUCUACACAUCCCUAAUAACAACACCUUGGCUGUCACUGUUGAUGGAAUGGUGCCCGAGUCCAUAGGGUGUGAGUCCAGUGGCUGGACCAUGGUAGACAGAGAUGAUGAUCUUGAACAAGGUACAGAAGCUUUGGACUCAUUAGCGUCCACUGUUUCAUCCACUUCUGCAUCUUGCUCUGUGCCACUGCCAAGUGUCAGUGCAGCAGUAGGAAAAAUGGGAGGAGAGCAGACAGCGCUUAUUGUGUCCCAGUCCCCGAGUUCAUUCCCUGGUGAUUUCCCUGGUUUACGCAGUGCCAUGUUACAAAGAGGUGGGACGAUGAACAAAAAACAUUUGGAUGGGAGUGUACCUGCCCCCACUGCAGAGGAAAUCAAGAUUAUCCUUCCCGAAGGCUUCAACCCACUGCAGCCUUUGGAAGAGUUGGAGAAGUUGAACAAUUUCCUGGUGAAGAGUCUACACGCUGAUGUACAGCACCCUGCGGGAUCUAGCGACUGCAUGAGGAACGGUGGGAUGAUUGAAUCUCUCCCCUCUCUGACACUGCUCUACCAAAGAGACAUGCAGGCCCUUGGUGUUCUCAUCGCUGAGAUAUUCUUCACCUUUAAACUGAGAGGAAUGAAACCGGGCACACCCCUCAGACAGCGUUUCCAAGCUGUUAUGAAGCUAUGCUCUGCCAGCCUCCGGGAUGUCCCACUGUCUUUGCACCAUGCUCUUGAGACACUGCUGCUAAUAGAGAAACACUCUGGAGUAGCACACAGCGAGUUACCAAACUGCCCACGUCCUCUCCUCUUCAAAUAUGACCCCAUCUGCGAUGGUCUCCCUCCUCCAAACCCCUGCCAGUUAUUGAACUCAAUCAUCACCCCCUUUCCUUUCCCGUCCUAUUUUUCAGCACUUCAUCAUUUUAUCUUUUCCUACCACACUAAGAUUGAGACCACAUGUAGCCUUCAAGGAAGAGACAUUGUCUUUCACCUGUGGCAGCAGCUUGAGACACUGUUGCAUGGUAGCAUCACAGCUGAGGGACUUGAGAUUCUCUUGCCCUUCAUUUUAGCCCUCAUGCUUGAGGAGUCCACAGCUGUCUAUGCUGCUUGGUACCUUUUUGAGCCCAUCUCUAGAGUCCUGGGCCCCAGAAAUGCAAACAAGUACUUGCUGAAGCCACUGAUCAACGUGUAUGAAAACCCACAUUGUCUGCGAGGACGUUUCUAUCUCUACACUGACUGUUUCAUUCUGCAGUUGAUCGUGCGGCUCGGCCUGCAGGCCUUUCUUUCCGGCUUACUCCCCCACGUGUUGCAGGUCAUCACUGGCUUCGAAAGCUGCAUCUCAGGCUCUGGUGGGGAAGCGUGUAAAGGGAUGAGGGCGGGCACAUGUAAUCUUGGAGAGGAAGAGGACUUUCAGUGCGGUGAGGUGCGGCCAUCGCCUGGCUCUGUUAGCGGGAAUACGGGUGGUGGUAGUGGAGCCGGUGGAGUUGUGGGGGACACAGGGCUGGUCGACUACUCCUCCGGCAUCAGUCUCAAUGACCAAGUGUUUCUCUCGGAGGCAGAGGACUUUCAGAAUGGGUUCUAUGUCAACAGUGGUGCAGGUGUAGCUGCUGGGAAACAGCAUAGCCAGAACUCUGCAUCCAAGGAUCAGGACCAGGAGUCGCUCAGUGUGGGGAAACUAAGUGACAAAAGCAGCACAAGUGAACUCUCGCUGGGUGAUGGAGACUCCAUGCGGGAUCGAGCCAGUCUCAAAUCGGCUGACAGCAGCCAGGACCUGAAGCAAGCGAGCGAGGGAGAAGAGGGAGGAGAGAUGGAGGAAGAUGAGGUGACAGAGACUUAUGAGGGUAAUGAGGGGACAGAUGAUACUAUACCAAACCUGGACCUCACACUCUCCGGUUGCACGGAAGCUUCAGGAGCCACAGUUAUUACUCUGGAGGGUGAGUUUGUUAAUGGAAUGGCACUGGAAGAGAAAGGCAUUGUGGGAGAGCAGGAGGAGGACGACGACGACCAUGAUCCAUUGGAAAACUCUGAGGAGAAAGAGCAAAAAAUUCUUCUAGAUACAAUCUGCAAAACAGUUCGCUGGCUGUCGGCAAAACUUGGACCGACAGUGACGUCUCGAUACAUCGCUAGAAAUUUGCUGCGAUUGCUCACAAAUUGUUACAUUGGGCCCAAGAACCACCAGUUUGUGGCCCCUGCAUCUGAGGAGAGCAGUCUGGACAGUGUGGGAAUGGGCAGCGUGUAUGAGAAGAAACCUGUGGUCGGUGAUCAGACAGCAGGACCCGUGUUGGACUGUCUCAUCUACAUAGCUCAACUUUAUGGCGAGCCUGUACUGACCUACCAGUACCUGCCUUACAUAGGAUAUCUGGUAUCUCGACCUUCUUCGCAGCGUCUUAACACACGUAAGGAGGCAAGUCUGCUUGGCGCUGUCGCACUUACGCAGAAGAUCAUUGUCUUUCUCUCCGAUACAACUCUAAUGGACAUGCUCAUGAAGAUCAAUCAGGAUGUGCUUCUGCCGCUACUGGACCUGCUCACCACACCCAGUAUGGGGUUCCCCAGUGGGGUGCAGACACGCACUGCCGUCUGUCUCAAGACACUCAGCCUGAUGGCUCUCAUCUGUCUGCGCAUUGGGAGGGAGAUGGUGCAACAGCAUAUGGCUGAAACUCUGCGUUGCUUUUUCACUGUUUUCUCUCUGCUGCAUUCUCUGCAACCCCAGCUGGACAGUGCCCCUCGCAGGAUUGUGGGAGAGGUCACGGUGGUGGAUGUUUGUACAGCUGAAGAUUCGACCGUUACUUAUGAGUUGGGGGUCUUGGAGGAGCUGCAGACUGUAUUUAAUCCUGAGAUGGCCCAUGCCUCCUACAUCCCCUUCUACUGUCUCAUAGGUGACAUGGCAAUUCGUAAGCUGGUUCCCAACCACGAGCUGGUCUGGCAGUUGGCCCAGUCUUACCAUCAGAGUGUGAGCCAGGGGAAUCCAGAGACGAACCUCACAGCAACAUCCAUGGCAGAACUGCCUCCAUCCUCCAUGGCUCUCUCUUCUGGUUUCAGCAGACGUGUGGGUUGCAGCCCCUUUCCUGCACCCUCAAGUAGCUCCACGCCACUGGGGGACUCCCUCCCUGAGUCUGGCACGUUUGGGAGUCACCUGGUUGGAAACCGUAUCCAAGUGUCCCAAGACACUGAUUACGGUGGUAGCCCCAACCUGGGCUUGGCCAACUCUUGGGGACGCACCAGCCACACAACACCAGUAGUCUCCACUUCCUCCACCUUCACCGCUCCAUCUGUUGGCACACUGGCUUCUUUUUCCGGCUCCUGGGUAACAGGCACCAACCUGGAGGACAGUGCCCUGAAGCAGGAACUCCCUCGCAGUGGCCGCUCCCUGCAGGGCAACUGGCUUGCCUACUGGCAGUAUGAGAUCGGUCUCAACCAACAGGAUCCACAUUUCCACUUCCACCAGAUCCGACUGCAGAGCUUUCUUGGUCAUUCGGGCACCACAAAGUGUUUGGCACCACUGGCAGGAGAGGAUUACUUCCUCUCUGGCAGUAAAGACAAAACUGUGAAGCUUUGGCCUCUUUAUAACCAUGGUGAUGGGACACAGGAAGUUGAGCCAAGGUUAACAUACAACGAUCAUCGAAAGUCUGUCUUCUAUGUUGGACAGCUUGAGGCUUCACAGGAGGUAGUCAGCUGUGAUGGGACUGUGCAUCUGUGGGACCAGUAUACAGCCAAGCAGAUCCGCUCGUAUGAAGCCGUGGAUGGCAAGAAUCCCAUUACAGCUGUCACCACCAUGCCUGCUCCACAAUGCAGUGUGGUGUUUGGCAGCGCAGAUUCUGUUCUCCGCUUCAUUGAUCCUCGCAAACCAGGAUUGCAGCACGAAUUUCGUUUGGCAUACAGCAAUUUGAGUGCUGGGCUCAUCCGCUACCUGGCAGUGAGCCCUUCAGGACGCACGGUGGCGGCCGGUUUCUCAUCUGGCUUCAUUGUUCUCCUAGACGCACGCACAGGGCUCGUUCUGAAGGGCUGGCCGGCUCACGAGGGAGAUAUCCUCCAAAUGAAGGCUGCAGAUGGAAACUUGGUCAUCAGUUCCUCCACUGACUACACUCUCACUGUGUGGAAAGAUCUGGAGAACAAGCCUGUACGCCAGUACAAGUCGCAGUCCGACCCCAUCCACGCCUUUGACCUUUACGGUUCGGAGAUUGUAACCGGAACUGUGGCUAACAAGAUUGGGGUGUACUCCAUGGCGGAUAUCUCCCUGAGCCCCGUCAGCAGCACAAAGCUGAGCUCGGAGAACUUCCGUGGCACUAUGACCAGCCUGGCCGUCCUGCCCACCAAGAGGCUUCUGCUGCUGGGCUCUGAGAAUGGCGCUAUUCGAUUGUUAGCUUAAAUCAGUGGUUCCCAGCUGCACUAAACACUCUCACCGCUGACUUUCGAAGUGUCUUAUUUUCAAAGACACCAUGUGUCUGAGCUCUCUCUGUCCCUUCUCCUGUGCUUGAGGUCAGUUGUACUGGUUGGACAGGUUGUCAGUUUCUCUGAAGAGGCGUUCGUAUAAGCCUCAAGUCAGCUGAAUCUUGCCUGUCUGGCUGUUGGCACUGAAUUUGAUGGCCACAUUUAUCUUGUACAGUAAAUCCCAUGUUGUUUUUUUUAUAGCCUAUAGAUGUAUAAAUAGUAUACAAUGGGAAAUUCUUGACAAGGUCAUUUAUUCUUUUGACUCGGGUCAGUUAUUCUGUUCAAAAGAAUGAGUCAGGAGACGUGCUCAGGAAGGUGGAACCAGGCCUGGUUCUUGUAGUGUUUACACUUUCCAAAUAGAUGCAUUACAACACCAAAAAUACAUAGACCUCGCCUUUCACUUCCCUAGAUGUCAGAAUAUACGCGUACCCAAAUGCACUGAUUAAACUAUGCAGUCAUUUUUUGUAGAUCAUGUAUCAACAUUUCUCCAUAUUCCAUGAGAGUUUUUCAGAGUAGGCUUUUUGUACACUUGCUGUUUCAACGAUCGUCUUUGGCACAUCUUCACAGAGCGGAGACUCUUCAGUUUUCCUCACAUACAACGGUCAGUUACCAAUGAACAGCCUUUAUUCUACUGCACAUGUGUGGCCUAAAUUGUAACAUUUGGAUUCUCACUCAGAUUUUCAAAGACUGAAUGUUUUUAUCCACUAAUAAAUUACUUGAAGUUGCUUUGGGAUUUUCUAAACCGCAUUCAGUGAUUCUUGAUUUAGCAGUUAACACCUGUAGCAACAUUAUACUGGGAAUUUUUCGGCAGAUGCCAUUUCGACUGGGUGUGCCACUUAGUAGUCUCACAACUUUCUAAUUCCUCACGACAAAAGCUGACAAAGGAAGAACAGUCAUUGCCAAGAUAAACAAGUUUUGUAUUUUAACAUUUAUAAGUAACUGCAUAUGAAUAUGUUGAGAAAAGUUCGACAUCAAUAAAACGUGGUUUAACUUGCUCCUUAUUGUGAAAUGCAAAUUAAUGUACAGUAGAGAUUUAUGUUACUUAAAUCAAGCACAGUUUUUCAAUAAAUUCUUAAUGAAUUAAAGUUUUCAAAAACCCAGUAUUAUCCAACAAUCAAAGCUUUGCUCCUUGUAUGAUUCCAUAACUGUCAAGUUGUAAAAGACAAUUUGCUUACUUUUCUAAUUAUUCGCUUCAACGGGUGUACUACACUUUUUGAUAUUUUGUGGGGUAUUUUCUAAACCCGGAGUGAAAACUCAAUCAUAAAAUACAAUCAGCUUGGUUUUAAAAAGGAAGUUAGUAGUUUUACAAAUGACUAUGUUACAAUUGGCCCCAAAUCUCUUGUCAACUCUUUUGGAGUCCUUGAAAAAUGCUUAUUUAUUUACUGGAUUAAUAAAAAUGACUUCCAUGUU